AUCUUUGACCACAAGGAAGAUUCAUUUUAUAUUAUGCAAAAUGGCAGAUCGAACUGGGAAUUGCAAGAUUUUUGCAGCAAACUACUUUAACCCUACAAAAUGCCAGAACUGUUUUAAACAAAAAGACCAACAUCCGACUCAGGAAGAAACAAAUAAUAUUGCUAACAAUAGUAGCAAACCUUUAACUACCAAAGCAUCUAAUACAGGAAUUUCUAAAGCUCUGGUAAUAGAAGGCAAUUUAGAACGAUCAUGUUAUAUAAAGGGAACACAAAAUCUUGAUAGUUGGAAGCUAUAUUGGUUUUGCCUAUUUUCAAAUGGAGAACUUCAGUCCUUUGAUAGUCCGCAUAAAAAAGAAUCUCCAAUUUCAAUCUAUUUGAAUGAUUACAUUCGCAUGCUUAAUGGGAAAGAAGAAAUUGGAAUAGAUUUUGCAUUUGGGAUCAAAACUCUGCGUGACACUACCUUUUUCAAAGCCUCAUCCAAAGUUGAUUAUGUGAACUGGUGGAAAGAGUUCAGUACUUUUAUAUCAGCACCUUUAAAAAAUUCUCCUGCAAAGCAAACAUAUUCAAAGCCAAAUACAUCACACUCUAAUCCAUAUUCUAGCCUUUCAAAAGUAUCUGCCUUUUCUUCUCGUUCAUCUUCUGUGUCAUCUCUGCACGAAGCUGAUAGUUUACAGACAGAUGCAUUACGCAGCAAAAUUGCUAAACUUGAAGAAACCAAUAGCAAACUAUCAAAUGUUGACACUGAAAGAAGAAAGCUUCAAUUAGAAGUGAAUUACUGGAAAGAAUAUGUUACAAAUUCACAAAAUGCACGUAGAUCAGGUCAAGUUGUAGAUGCUAAUACAGACCUUGCUGAUGUCCGAAAGCAACUUAUUCAAGUUCAAGAUGAACUUAACGAAACAAAUAAAAGGUUUAAAACACAAAGUGGUAAGUUAGUUAUACAAAACAAAGAGUUAUCAAACUUAAAAGAAAAAUUGCUAGAAGCAAAAUCUAUAGCUGCUGUAUACAAAGCAAAGAAUGAACAGCUCACUGCAGAACUUUCAAGAAAAAAUGGAACUGUAUCGCCAUCAGAAGAUGCAUUUGGAAAAACAAGCCAAAGAUCAUUUGAUGAAGAUUCAAAACUCUCAUCUACACAUGGUGCCCAACAUUUUGAAGAAAAAUUUUUAGUCCUAAAAGAUAAGUUAAAGCGAAUAGAGAGAGAGUUAUAUUUGAAAUCUAAAGAAUUAGAAAAAGCAAAUGAAAGUCGCUCAAAGGUUGCUAAAUAUACACGUACUUUAUUACAAGAACUUGAAACUAGGUUAAGUGAUGCUGAAACAAAGAGUGCAGAUUUGGAAGUAAAGUUAAGUAAUGCCCAAGCAGAGCUAGCUCUUGAAAGGGAGAGAAGACUGAAGCAGGAGGAUGGCUCACAAAAACGUUCUAAUAGUUUUCCAUCAAAUGAUGCAAAGUCAUCUGGAGAACAUUCUAGUUCUGAGGACUCAAAAUAUGCAGAUUAUUAUCGAUCAAGAUAUAAGGAAGUUGAAGCUUCUCUUCUUGAAAAAGACAAACAGUUGCAUGAAUCUGAGCAGAAGAUAAAAGAAAUGCAGCUGUCCGUAAAAAAUAACUCGGAUAACUACAAAGUAAUUGCCGAUCUUCAAAACAAACUUUCAGAUGCAACUCACAAGUUAAGUGAUCGUCAGUUAAAAAUUCAUGAACUUACUAAAGAGAUUGAUAAUUUAAGGUGUAUUGAAAGUACUUAUGAGCGCAAAGCAAAACAGUGUGAAACUCUUGAAGAUAUAGUGAAAGAUUUGGAAACUAAAUUGUCUGAUCAAAAAAAAAACUUUCAUGUAGUUAAGCAAGAGUUAGAAAUGUUGCGAAUUAGAGAAUUAGUGUUAAAAGAACAACUGCAAACUGUUGCACAGGAGUCUGAUUACUCUGAUGAUGACGAUGAAAAUGAUCAAUUACAGAAAUCUGUUGAAAUGAAACAGAAAAUUGAUAAUCUCAUUGAGGCAGAAUGUCUUAUAAAAAAAUUAAAUCUUGACAAAGAAAACUUAGAGAAUAAAAAUAAAGAGUUAGAAAGUCGUUUGCGAAAAUUAAACACAGAAAACUUCAAAAACAUUGAAUCUUCAAAGUUUUCAGAAGGAAAAUCAUUGGAUGAUAAUGAUAAAGAAGAAUACAAAAAUCGAUUGAAAGAAUUGGAAACCAGAAUUUUUGAAGCUGAUGAUAAGUACUUAAACAAAAUAAGAAUCCUAAAAAAUGAACAUCAACAAGAAAUAGAUCAUAUUUUAGACAAACACACCGAGGAGAAAACUUUAUUUCAAAAUAAGAUUGAAAAUAUUCAACAAGAAUUAGAUCAAUGUCGUAAUGAGAAUAAAACUCUGGUUUCACGAUGUAAAGAACUGGAGUCGGCACUGAAUGAAACUGAAAGUAAAGUUCUUGAUGAAGUAAAAUCACAUACAAAUACAAAACUGCUAUUAGAAGAACGUUCUUGUUUAUUGCAAGAAAUCGAAGAGCGCUGCAAGAGAGUUUCAAUUGAACGUGAUACCCUCAAGAUGCAAUUCCAACGUCAAGAAAGCCAAGAUGGUCAUGAGUUUACAGAGGAAUCUCAUUCUGAGGCUAACAGAAUGUCAAACAAAGUAAAAGAAACAACAGAAUUUGUUGAUGGGAGAAGUCGAUCAAACUUUGCAAAAAGAGAAAGAAUUUUUUCCUCUGAUGAUGAAAUAUUUCUUACGCCUAAAACGAGUACAUCGUCUGAAUCUGAUACUGCAUCUUAUAAAAUCAAAUGUCAACAGUAUGAAAAAGAGUUAACUAGUGUAACAAAGCUUCUAGUUUCUAGUGAACAGUCAUGUAUUUCAGUUGCUCAAGAUUUAGAGAACCAACUCAAGUACCAAGAGGAUCUGUUAAUUAAAUAUGAACUUUUGGAGUGCCGCAUGUCAGAGAUUGAGAACCAAAUAUCAGAUUCUCAAGAAACAUUGCAGCUUAAAUCAGAUGAGCUUGAAAAAGAAAGGAAAAAUGUUUUGUAUUUAGUUGAUGUUACAAGUGCAUACAUUAAAAAGCUAGAAACUUCAUUAGCAGAAUCAAAAGCAAAAGUCCAAGAACUUCAAAAUUUUAUUGAGAUAUCUAAAGAAGGAAAAAGACCUCAGCCAGAAGGAAGAUCUGAUCUUCCUGAUAAUAUUAAGGAAGAUUCUUUCAAUGAAGAAAAUUGCUCCAAUGAGCAGUUGAAAACAAUCAAUCAAAAGCUUACAACAAAAAUUUCAAUUAUGGAAAAGGAAUUAUCUGAGUUACGUUUAAAGAAAGAUGACUCUCAAGUAAUUCAAAAGAAUGAUGAAAGUAUAGAAGAGUUGCAUCUGGAAAUUGAACACUUGGAAAAAGAACUGCAAGCCCAAGAAGUUGCACAUCAAAAAGAAAUAGACAUACUUCAAGAACACUUUCAAGCAGAACUUAAAGCUGCAUUUAGCGGUGAUACUGGAACUUAUGAUAUGCUCAAUAGAAUUCAAGAGCUUGAGAUAUGUCUAGAAGAAACAAGAACUUCUUGCAACAACAAGAUCAAAGAAAUGAAGCAAGAAUUUGAGCAAGAAAAAGAACAAAUGAUGGAUGACAUGGCUACUGUUUUGCAUGCUAGUCAGAAUUCAGAUUUUCAUAGCAAUAAUGAAACAAGGUCUGGAACGGUAGAAGAACUUGAAGAACGUAUUAUGAAACUUGAAGAACAGUUAACUGAACAAAGGGAGAAAUUUGAAGAGGAACUUCAACUAGAGAAGGAUGCUCACACACAAGACAUGGAGGAUACUAUUCGUGAUAUGAUGAUGGUCAGAAAUGCAUCAACAAGAUAUGAUGGCUCAAAUGAUCCUGAUGGCUCUUUGUCGACAGGAUUGCAUUCUUCAAAUGAGUUGGAAGAAUUAAAGUUAAGUUAUGAAACCAAGAUUCAGAUUUUAAAUGAGGAACAUGAAGAUCAAUUGGAUCAAGUGAGACGAGAUAUGGCAAUUAUAGUGUCUUCUAUAACUCAAGGAAGAUCUUCCGAUACUAUAAUGGAGCUGCAGGCGCGUAUCAAAGAGAUGGAAAUGGAUAUGGAGGACAUGCGUGCUGAUCGAAUUGCAGAGAUUGAAGAGUUUCGGCUAAAUUUAAAACGUGCUGAGUCAGCAACUUUUUUUGCAAACAGGCGUAACGAAGAUAUGGGGUCGAAAAUCUACAAUAUGCAAAAUGAAAUGGAAGAAAUGGAGCGCAAGCAUCAGAUGAUUGUCCAAUCGUAUCAAGAAAAGCUCGAAAGUUUAGGUGUAGAUGUUAAUGUAACUGGAGAUGCUAUGAAAUUUCACAAAGAGCUUGAAGAGAAAAACAAACAACUACAGUUAGCUCUUGAUAAAAUCUGCAAAGAGCGUGAUUUAGAGAUGGAUGCCUUCGUUCUGCGUUUGCAGGAGGAAAAGCGACAAGCUAUUCAAGAAGCAACGGAUAAUACAUUGCGCCUCGAGGAGUUAAUUGACGAAAUGAAAAACACUCAUGAACGGGAAAAGAAAGAAAUGCAACAGUCUCUUUUGCCAGAACGCAGUGAGUGCUCUGUUCUAAGAAAACGAAUUGAAGAACUUGAACUUACAUGCGAAAGCCUUAAAGAAGAGUAUGAAUUAGAGAUUGAAGAACUAACUAAAGAGCACAAAAAGGAGGUGGAGAAGCUGCGUUUAUUUUACGAAAAAGAAAUAGCUGAGGUUAAGCGCGGGCCUUCUGUUCGUAAAACAUCUGUUGAUCAUGGCUCUUUAACGAAAAGUAUUUUGAAAGAACAAAAAGAAAAACAUGAUAAGGAAAUGGAAAAUUUACGUCAAAGUUUUGAUUUAGAACGGCGACAGGCAAAGAUUGUGCAAGAACGUGAAAUUGACGAUAUUAGAAUGCAAUACGAUGAGAAAUUAAAAAUGAGUUAUCAAGAUGGAAUGCGUCGACAAAGUGUUUCUGAAAGAAAGUCUGACGCCACUAAAAUACGCGAACUUAUAAGUGAAAAAGACAAUUUAGCUACUAAGCUACUUGAAUUAGAAAUAAAAUACGACAAGGAAACGAAAGCAUAUUUAGAGAAAAUAAAGAACUUAAAUGCAACUAUUGAAGAAUUGAAAGGCAAUAAUUCAAAUAAAAAAUUAAAUAGCGAUGGUUCGUCAAAAAGUUCGUUAACAUUAGAUGAAGACGAGCAGAAAAAGCUUGAAGAAAUUCAGGAACAAAUUAGACGAUACGAAAGAAGAAUAGAUUAUUAUCAACAGAAAUCUUUGCGUGAAAAUAGCGCAGAAAGCGAACGCGUUAGCGAAUUACAAUCUGACGUAGUAAAUUUACAUAACGAAAUGGAGACUAUAAAAAAUAACCGAAGAAAAGCUGUAUACGAAAAAGAAAAAAAAGAAAAACCUUCAAUUGGAAAACAAGGAAGGCGCAAUACUGAUAGUUCAGCUUUGCGUCGUCACACAGAUACAGAGGCUGAUAAGUAUAAUCCUAAAAAAGAACGUGAUCCGCGUCAAAGGUGGUCCGAUCUUGAAGAACGUACUGAAGUUAUUACUAGAUCUAUUAGCGAAUUGGACGGGAAGCGUAAUCCUAGACUUACUACUACGGUAACGAAAGCUGAAGGGAAGUCAGGUACUGUACUAGCUCGAAAAACUUUAUGGGAAAAUAUUAUUGAAGAGCCAAAACCUCGUAAAACAACCAACUCGGAUGUAAAAUAAUCUCGUUUUGCAUUUUGUCUAGUAACGUCGGUGGUUGUUACACCGUACAAUUAGGUAUGAGGAGAAAACUAUGCUGGUAAAAUUUCUCCGCUAUUUUCGCGCUAAUACCUGUACUUAAGUUUACAUGAAGAAAAGGUUGUGCGUUGCUAAGGAAUCUACUGGACAGUUUCAUUAUUCUCAAAUGCUGUUAUUAUUAGUACCUGACUCUGCAAACGGUUAUUUGCAAUUUUUUUUUUUUUUUAAUAAUUUUAUUUUUUUGUGUUAAAUAAAAACGAGAUUUUAUACAAGGUCGCCGGUCUGUAAUUUUGUAAGUGGUCGCCGGUCUGUAAUUUUGUAAAUGGUUGCCGAUUAUUUCUUAACUAAUACUCGUCCCUAAGCGAGAACAAGUUGCGCAGUAUUUAGAAACAGGUUUUUAGAAUUUUUGACUACUUGUUUUAUCGUUUUUCUUUUUAUUAGGUGUGUGCGAGAAUGGGAGCAUCUAUGUGUGCGCGCGAGAGACAGCUUGUGUAUUUUUUCAAUAAAUUCGGUGGUCAUUUUCUUUGCGUUACAUAUGCACUUUUUCGCGAAAAAUUCGAAUAUUUUUAUUUUUGCACUCUCUAUGAGCCUGCGUUUUGUUUGGUUUCAACAGCCAUUUUUUUUAAUAUACAUAUAUAAAUAUAUUAUAAAUAUAUUUGUUUUUUUAUUUUUUUAUAUAUGUACAUAGCACAUCUUUUGUGAUUACAGAAUAUUUAAAUGUUCUCGGCAUUUCCGGUGAAUUAGCUUAGUUA